GUGUGACAGCAUCGACGUGGGGGCUCGGUGGCUCCGCCCAGCUCCCCAGCCCCGCCGCCCCCGCUCCGUCCUCCUAGGUGGUUGAGCCCACACCACCCACCGCUCCGCCUUGCACACCCGCGCCCGAGCCGCCCAGCCAGCCAGAGCGGGCGGGCGGGCAGAGAAGGAAAUACCACCACCAUCAUCAUCAUCACCACCACCAGGAUGCCAGACUUGAAGGAGAGGGCGGCCAGGAAGGAGCCCGGCGCGGCAGAGAGCGCCUCCCGUGAAUCCCGCGGGGGAAACACCCGGGAGAGCGCGAGCAGCGCCCAGGGGCACCGAUCGCGUAGGUUCAACCGUCGCUCGAGCACGGCCGCCCUCACCCCAGGGUCCGCGCAGGGGCGCGGGGUACAGACGGCGCCACGAGCUCCCGUGGGCCACGGAGGACUGCGGACCGGCUUGACCUCCCGGUGUCCCCAGCCCUCCGCCCGAGCGAAGCUCCCCUCGGUCACGCGUGGGGCACCGCUUCCGCCAUCCCCGGGAAAGGGCCACUUCGGCGCGACCCCGAUCUCGCACAGGCUAGGUCUGACGGAGAGAGUCCACGAUGCUUCCAAGCUGGAUUGCCACUUGGAAGAUAGGAAAUCGGCAAGCAGCCUGGAAAGCAGAGGCAAGGAGGUCAUGCCCAGUGACUUCUGGGACCAUCUGAAAGAACAGCUGUCAGCUGUGCCCCCCGACUUCAGCUGUGCCCUCGAGCUUCUGAAGGAGAUCAAAGAGAUCCUGCUGUCCCUGCUGCUGCCGAGGCAGAGCCGCCUGAGGAACGAGAUCGAGGAAGCGCUGGACAUGGAGUUCCUCCAUCAGCAAGCUGACCGUGGCGACUUGAACGUCUCCUACCUGUCCAAGUACAUCCUCAACAUGAUGGUCUUGCUGUGUGCGCCGGUCCGCGACGAAGCUGUGCAGAGACUUGAAAACAUUUCGGAUCCCGUCCGGCUGCUGAGGGGGAUCUUUCAGGUCCUGGGACAGAUGAAAAUGGACAUGGUGAACUACACUAUCCAGAGCCUCCAGCCCCAGCUGCAGGAGCACUCCAUCCAGUUUGAGCGGGCUCAGUUCCAGGAGCGCCUCAACAAAGAUCCCAGCCUCCUCAACCACACCACGAAGUGGCUCACCCAAGCAGCUACACAGCUCAUCGCCCCCUCUGGGAGUUGCUAUGACAUACAGGACCCCUCCAGCUCGUCGGGGCCGUCUCCCAGUGAUAUAGCCAUCCCGGAGCCUCUCAGCCCCGCAAUGGUGCUGUCUCAGGGGUUCCUGAACCUUCUCACCUGGGACCCCGAGAAUGAAGAGUUUCCUGAGACCCUGCUGGCGGACAGAUCCCGGCUGCAGGAGCUGGAGUCGCAGCAGAACCAGCUAACCAUCCUUGCCUCCGUCUUGUUGGUGGCCAGUAGCUUCUCUGGCAGUGUUCUUUUUGGCUCACCUCAGUUUGUGGACAGGUUGAAACGAAUCACUAAGUCCCUGGUGGAGGAUUUCAACUCCAGGCCGGAGGAAGUGAUGCAGACCGUGAGCGAUCAGGUGACCGAGGAAAUUCACCAGAGUCUCAAGAAUAUGGGCCUGUCCCCUCUGAGCAGCGAGAACACAGACUCCCUCAUAGGGCAGCUCCAGAACAUUGCCAAAAAGGAAAACUGUGUCCGCAGCGUCAUUGGUGAGCGCGCCCGUGUUGUGCAGAUGCUGGAGGGAGAGGACCUGGGCAGGUUUUCCAGUUGAAACCGCAUUCCUUUUCCAGCCACAGGUGGACUCUGGUCCUAUGGGAGGGAGGUCUGCAUGGGGAACCCUGCCCACCUACCCUAGAUAAGGCACUCAUGGCUUCUGAUGAGUCUCUGUGACAUCCACACCCACCUACCGGCAAGGAACCAGCUCCAUCAGUUUAAGAGAGCGUGUUUCUGUAGUGUAGGCCCCAGCCCUGUGCUGGGACUUGAACCUGUCCCCAGCUUUAAGCAACUGAGAGUAUCAAUUGAAGUGUUCCUUAACAUCAGACCCUUGAUCUAAUGGUGGAGCCCAGGUUAGCCUGGGAUACCACAUGCAUCUCAGACUGGCCUUACUCUCAGCUUUCCCCCUGCCUCUGCCUCUGCCUCUUGGGUGCUCGGAUCACAGGUGUGAGUUAGCCACACCCGGAUACCAAACAGUCUGGUGUGCUUGGGAGGCUCAGUAACAGAACGCCUGAGAGAACUAGAAUUCAGACCCCCCUACCCCCCUCUGUGAGUGACCCGGACAGUGGGCGGGUGGCCCAAUCCCAGCUGCUCCAGUUGAUGCAGUCGUCGCCUCCUGCUCGCCCACAGACCAGCGGAUCCACUUGUUCCUCAAGUGCUGCUUUGUCCUGGGUGUGCAGCGAUCUCUCUUGGACCUCCCCGGGGGCCUCAGUCUGAUCGAAGCAGAGUUAGCAGAACUGGGCCAGAAGUUUGUGAGCCUGACCCACCACAACCAGCAGGUUUUUGCCCCUUACUACACCGAGAUCUUAAAAACCCUCAUCAACCCAGUCCAGACCCUCACCACAAAAGUCGGUUCCCUCUGAUGGCAUCGGCUCGGAGCCCUGGCACCUCAGACCCAGGGGAUGACGUCACCAGUGAGCAGCAGAGCAGUGGGUCCCCUCUGCCCCACCCCCGGACAGCCAGCACCCUGGGGCUGUAGGGACCAAACAUGUAAACAACCGGCCCAAACCCGCUCCAUAAUAAACUUCCAAACUGCAA